AUGGUGGGUCCGCAGAAGGUGGAGGGGAAAGCUCCACCGCAAGAUGGUGAGAACAAGGUCCCAUCCACUACACACGUCCUGACCAGACCCGAGCGGAGCACCAGCGACCUGCUGGUCAUAACCAAGCAAGCGGCAGAGAGAGGCUGUCACGGAUCCCGCAGCCCAGCGGUACACAAGCUGGCUUACCACAAUACCGGCCUCCCACGGGCUCGAAGUGCAGGGGGAUGUUCCAUGCAGAUCCUGCUGAGCUUGAGCCACGACAACAUCUGCGCUCAAGUGCCUCACAGCCUGCUGAAAAAUCUCCCAAGCAGGGAUUCUGCUUUACCUCUGCUGGGCAUCGGCUGA